GGAUAGAAUAGUCUAGUUAAUACCUAGUUACCUCCCUUUUUAACAUUUUUCUGCAUUUGUAACGAAUGAAUUGUUGAGAAAAAUCGAAUUGUUUACGGUUGUUAGGUGCAUUUAGCUGAUUAUUGCUUGGAAAUGUAAGAAUGGAACACAUUGACAAAGAGCCUGGCUUUGCAGAGGAUGGGUUAGAAAGUAAACAGAACUUGAUGCUUAUACCGUCUUUCCCUCAGUACAAUCAGCCAACUGAACCUGGACUGUUUCUGCAACAAAGUGUUGGCUCCAGUUCACCAAAUACCCACAUCCCAGUUCAAAUACAACAAUCCAGUUCACCAAAUACCCACAUCCCAGCUCAAAUACAACAGUCCAGUUUUGCGCUGAACACAAAUACAGGCAAUUCCUCAAAGUAUUUCUUUGAAGAUGAGGGAAAUCUGCCAGAACAAGCAAAUUCUUACGGUGUUAUGCCAUCUGGGGAUGCCAGCCUUCUUGCUGAUAAGCCAAGUUAUAAAGAGUUUGGUGAAACUAGACACAAUUGUCUGAAAAAGAUUGACACUUGUCAAAGUGUUGAUCUAGAUGGGCAGAGAUCACAUUUUUUAUCGAAAGACAGUUCAAAUAAUCAUAAAGCUGAUUCAGAACAGUUUGAACAUACUAGUAUUUUGUCUGUUGAUAAUUAUAAUGUCUCUCUGUUACCAAGUUACAAACAGGUGACACAAGUUUCCCAUAAUGCUGAAGAAUAUUUAGUCAUUGAAGGUUCUAAUGAAAAGUAUGUAAUUGAGAAAGCUUUGAUUGGAAAUAAUGAUUGUGAAGAUGGAAAGAAUUUUGACAUUGUAGAAGCAGUAGAGAAUAACAUUAAAAAAUGUAAUACUUUUAGUACAAACAGUGAUAAGUUACAUAGAACUGCUGUGGAUGUAGCAGAAGAAACUGUUGCAGCAAUAAAGACUCACUGUUGUUUGGACAAAGAAGGUAGUUCCUCAUCAUCCUAUAUUUGUGGAUAUUGUAAGACAAAAUUCUGUACUUUAUGUAAACUUCAUGAUCAUUUGGAGAAAAUGCAUUUCACAGGAACAUAUAUAUACUAUCAUAGCACAAGGACAGGAUUUCCCAGGCUGGAAAAUGCUUGCAAAUUUACUCAGACAGAUUUAACUGAUAUAUUAGAGAGUGACCAAGCACAGUUUAAAGAUGAUGAAGUUAAUGACACUGAUGAAUAUGAUUUGGAAACUGGAUUAGACAUCUUUGAUGAAAAUGUUAAAACUGAUGGUACAGUAAGUAAUGAUAAAGAUGAUGCAGAUAAUAUUGAAACUGUUAAAAUUAAAGGAAGAAAAAACAAAAGAAAGAGGAAAAAGGGAAAACAUAAAGGCGGGUCAAAGGAAGGCGAUAUAUCAGUUAUUCCAGGCAGGGAUGGAACUAACAGAUUGAGGCUGUAUAUAAAUCGAGGAAAGGUCACAAAAACAAAGGACAAAACAUACAAGAAAUCAGAAAGAUACCAAAAAACAUCAAAGGGUGUUAAGAAUUCAGAAGUGAACAAGUCAACAGAAAUUGAUGAGGAAACUGAUCAUGACAUUGAUUUGCCUUUUCAAAAUUCAGGGAACAAGUCAGAUCAGUCUGAUGAUGCCUGUAAUAGUGCCUUAAAAAGUGACAGUUACUUAAACAAUGUGCUCUGUACGUAUGAAAAAUUUACAUCUCUAAAUGACUCGCUUAAAAAAGGGGUUGUCAAACCUCAAGAAAAGGUCCUACCUAGUCAGUUAAAACGGAAAGGAAAUAAAAUCUCAAAGAUGAAAGGUUCAUGGAACAGAAUAAAAGAAAAUAAAAGUGAAAAUUCCGGGAGUUACAACUGUGGUACUUGUGCCACUAAAUAUAUCAGCAAAGAAAAACUUCAGUAUCACAUGACUAAAGUGCACAAAGAAGAGAACACUGAUGGUCCAAAACAGUGUAGAUGGUGUGGUAAGUCUUUCCCUGGUUCUAAAUCAUAUAAAGCACACCAGCGCCAGUGUGAGAAAAAUGAGCAUCUCAUAUGCCUUAUUUGUGACAAGAAGUUCAAUUCACGUCAUGAAGUUGCUGACCAUCUCAUUUCUCACAGAAAUGAUGUUGAGCUGAAAUGCAGAUUGUGUGAAAGGACGUUCACAUGUGAAGUGACAUUACAGAGUCAUUUACGACGUCACAAUCAGCGGAAAGAUUUACAGUGUGAGCAUUGUGGCAAAGCGUUCUACUAUCAUAAUCUGCUGAAGAAGCACAAGUUGUACUGCAAUCGCGAACCGGAUAUAGACUGUCCUCAUUGUGACCUCAAAUUCAAGACCCCAGAAUCUUUGAAACAUCAUAUGAGUGUGCAUUCCAGUGAGAGACCUUUUGUCUGUCAUGUUUGUGGAUAUGCAGCAAAGAAAUCCAUGUACCUGAAACGUCAUCUACGGUGCCACACCGGAGAACGUCCAUACGUAUGUUCGGAGUGUGGGAUGAGUUUCGCAGCCGCUAAUGGUCUCAACAGACAUAGGAAGACUCAUACAAAUGAUAAACCAUGUGUUUGUCAGUACUGCGGAAAAUCGUUCACAAAUAACUGGAAUCUGAAGACACAUUUACGUCAGCAUACAGGGGACACGCCAUAUCAGUGUGGACAGUGUGGGAAAGCAUUCAAACAGAAUGUCCUGCUCAAACUUCAUACAAAGACUCACCACCCAGUCGAAACAAUAUUGCUUCAAUAGUGUUAAUUGAUUUUACAGCAUUUGAAAGUUUUUACCAGUUUUGCAGUAAUCUUUGCAUAACUUUGAAAGGUCUUCAGCUGUGAUAGUAACAAGAUUUAGAGUUUUGUUAUAGCUAGAGUCAUUUUAGCUUUACACCCCAAAAAUUAAAACUGUAAAUUUUUUGGUCAUGACAAAUUUGUGGAAAAACAGACCUUUCUUCCUUAACCUUUUAUGCCCCCUUCGAAGAAGGUGGGGUAUAUUGUUUUGCAUAUGUAGGUCAGUAGGUAGGUCUGUCUGUCCGAAGACCAAUCAGUUUCCAGAUGAUAACUCAAGAAUGCUUGGGCCUAUGAUCAUGAAAGUUGAUAGGGAGGUUGGUCAUGACAAGCAGACGACCCCUAUUGAUUUUGAGGUCAGUAGGUCAAAGGUCAAGGUCACAGUGGCCCAGAACAGUUAAACAGUUUCCGGAUGAUAACUCAAGAACAAUUGGGCCAAGGAUCAUGAAAGUUGAUAGGGAGGUUGGUCAUGACCAGCAGAUGACCCCUAUUGAUUUUUAAGUUAGUAGGUCAAAGGUCAAGGUUCAAGUGACCCUGAAGAGUUAAACAGUUUCUGGAUGAUAACUCAAGAACGCUUGGGCCUAGGAUCAUGAAAGUUGAUAGGGACGUUGGUCAUGACCAGCAGAUGACCCCUAUUGAUUUUGAAAUCAGUACGUCAAAGGUCAAGGUCACAGUGACCUGGAACAGUUAAAUGGUUUCCGGAUUAUAACUCAAGAACGCUUGGGCCUAGGAUCAUGAAAGUUGAUAAGGAGGUUGUUCAUGAGUCGUAGAUGACCCCUUCUAAUUUUGAGAUUAGUAGGUCAAAGGUCAAGGUCACAGUGACCCCGAACAUUUAAACCGUUUCUGGACAAUUACUUGAGAACGCUUGGGCCUAGGGUCAUGAAAGUUUAUAGGGAGGUUGAUCAUGACCAGCAGAUGACCCCUGUUUAUUUUGAGGUCAGUUGGUCAAAGAUCAAGGUCACAGUGACCCGGAACAGUUAAAAUAUUUCUGGAUGAUAACUUGAGAACAUUUGGGCCUAGGUACAGGAAACUUUAUAGGGAUGUUCAUCUUGACCAGCAGAUGACCCCUAUUGAUUUUGAGGUCAAAGGUCAAGGUCACAGUGACCCGGAACAGUUAAACCGUUUUCGCAUGAUAACUUGAGAAUGAUUGGGCAUAAGAUCCAGAAACUUAAAAGGGAGGUUGAUCAUAAUCAGCAGAUGACCCCUAUAGAUUUUGUGGUCAGUAGGUCAAAGGUCAAGGUCACAUUGACCCAGCACAGUAGAACUUUUUUUUUUCCAAAUAACUAGAGAAUACUUUGGUCUAAGAUCACAUUUGAUAUGGAGGUUACUGAUGGCUGGUAAAUUACCCAUAAUUAUUAAUUUGAGGUUAGUAUGUCAAACGUCCAGUGCACAGUGACCAAAUAAUUUCUGUUCCUUAUGCAAUAACUGAAAGCAUUAAGGGGGACAUUUUGUGUUCUACGAGCUCUUGUUGCCAUUUAUGUUCACUAAUUUUUUUGUUAAAAUCUGAGAAUUCAGGGUGAUGAUUAAAUUAUGUGUGCAAACAGAAUCAAAAUUUAAAUUUGAAAAUACAAUAGUGGCCUACUAUAGCUAGAAUGUGUGGCAUCAAUAAAAUACCAGGACUAUUUGAGAUAUUUUUUUAUGUUUAGCAGUCUGUGUUUGUAUGCAUAGUAACUCAACACUGUUUAAACAGCUACAGUAUGUUUAAGAAAUAAUAAGUUCCCAAGUAUGGUUUAUCGUAAAAUAACCCGUGUUUUGAGUUCUUAUGCGUAAGAAUAUAUCAUGAAGGCCGUAGGCCUGAGUGAUAUAUUGUUUCGCAUAAGAACGAAAAAGUAGGGUUAUUCUACGAUAAAUCACACUUGGGAACUUGUUAUUUCGAUUCUAACACGACAUACUAGUAUCAACAGUGUUAGAAAAAAUGGUAACUACUUUUUACGACCGUGCUACGCACCUGGAUCGGAUGACGUCAUUGCACGCGAGUGGUUUAUUGCAGAAUAACCCGAAAUAGAUUUUGCUCUACAUGUAUGUAGGUUAUUCACUGGUCGUGUUAGAAUAAAUGUUAAAGUGCUUACUUAUUUAUUCUUGU